AUGGAGAAAGCAGUUAAGCUCAAAAAGGAAAUGAUAGAAGAUGCAACUAAGUUGAAGGAAGAUAGCGGACAAAUAAAUGAUUAUGAUGGAAUUCGUAUGGCGAAUGAAGUGAUCAAAAAUUUUGGAUUUGACAUUAAGCAUUUAGGAGUACAACUGCCUCUAGUCGUCCAACUUGAACAAAAAUAUAAGCAAGAACAAGGAGAAAAGCAACUUGAGUUAAUAGAUGCUCAAAUCGAAAAAGAAAAAGCCGACGGCACCUUUUACUCAAAUCCUAAAACCAAGAAAGCAUUGGAGGAAAUUAAAGCAAAAGCCGAUAAAUAUAAAAAAGAAUUAGAGAGCAACGGACAACAAAAUCUCCCUUUUGGCAAAAGCCCGCAGGAAUAA